CUGUUUAUGUUUGUUUGAAUUGAGUUGUUUGUUCUCAGAGGUCAGAUGUGCUUGGUUGAAAUAGUUUUAAGACAGUGCAUUGUCAUUCGAACAAACAGGUGGAUAGUUCGAAUCUGGUUGAUGAAACUCUUAAAGUAACAACGUAAAAUGGCAAGUGAAAUUGUCGUAUUAACAGACUCAGAUGAUGAUGUUCACUUCUGUGGAAUUUCUCCGGGUAAGAGGAAUGUUUUACACGAAGCCCUAAAUUCUGAUGACGAGUUGAUGAAUCUAGAUUUGGAUUCCCCACCACGUAACAAUGAAAAUAAAGAUGAAGACUUUGAUUUUGAAAUUCUGGAAACUGAAGUAAGAACAAGUUUAGCAGAAAGAUUAGGUUAUGAGACUUACACAACAAGGCUUGUUUCUUCUGAAACCCAAAAUGCCAAUAUACCAAAAGUUAAUUGUCCCAUAACUGAAUCUGUAAGCAAUUAUAAUCAGCCUGCAAAAAAAACAACUAAAACAAAGGAGGACAAGGCCUUUGACAAAGCAUAUGAUAAAGCUUGUAAAGCAGCAGAAGCAGCAAAUAAAAAGUUCAAUAGAUCAUCAGAAUGCCUUAAAAGUCUUACAGCACUUAUUGAUUCACGCCUACUGGAUUCAAUCUCCAACAGUGGCAGCAUUUUAACUCAACUCCAAGAAUCUGAAAUGAAGCACUCUAUUGUUGUGUCUUCAGUGUCUAAUUCAGUGUGUUGGAAGAGGGAAAAAGUUAAUCAUCGUGUAAAUGAAGAUGCCAAGGUCUGUUCGACAUCUACGUUUGUUGAAGAAGAUGAGGGAUUGGUUGUUAUGUUAGCCCAAGAAUUUGUUUUACUAGCCCAAUCUUCAAUCUGUGACUGUGUCAACACAAUUUUAAGAAAUCUAAAGAAAAAGAAGCUUACCCUGGUCGUUUAUGGCCUGUCUGCAUACCUUAAAGACCAAUCCCGCAAGGAAAAACGGCGAUUUCGUGAACAUGUCUCUGCUACUGCUGAAAACACCAAUAAGAGUAGUAAGAAGGUUGAUGUUCCGAUGAACGAAGAUGUUGUGUUCACAUCUGCUGACAUGGAAUCACUGAAAGUAAAAUUACUCCUACAAACCGACUGUUCAUUGUGGCCGGUUGAAACAGCUGAGGAGUUGGGUAAAAUUAUUGCUCGGAUAACAAAAGCCGUAGCUGAGCGCCCGUUCAAAGAAGAAAGACUAGAACAAACAUUUGAUUUUUAUGCUGCCGAUGUUAGUGGCAAUAUAAAAGUAAGCAAAGACGGACAUGGCCUUGAGCGCCUUUGGCAGCAACAACUUAUGCAAUUUCCACUGGUUGCAUUAGAAACAUCUCAAGCCAUCGCUUCUAGAUACCCAUCCCCUCAAUCUUUAAUCCAGGCUUACAAAACUUGUGGUAGUGACAAGGACGCUUCAUUGUUGCUUCAAGAUAUACCGAUUCGCCGACAUGCUGGACCUCUCUCCACUUCGAGGAAAGUAGGACCAGAACUCAGUAAAAAAAUUCACAAAUUUCUAAUGAGUAGAGACGGUUCUACAAUUUUGUAACGUGUUUUACUGUUCAUUUUCUUGAUGCAAUAUUAAGUGGGUUAACACCAGAGGCAUCUUUAUCCGGAAUAUAGUGCUGAUAAAAA